AUGACAGCUACCAGAGCAGCCGAGAGUUCGGAGCAGACAAGUAGUCGGCUUGCUGGUCAACGCACAAGACAAGCGGCUUCCUGGGCAAUCGAAGCUCCAGAACAAGCACAAGCUCGACGGGAUGAAGAUCGAGUACGACAUGCAGUCUCUAGAGCAGACGAGAGUCCAGAGCAAAGGCGGAGUCGAAGUGAAGAUCAACGUAGACAA